CGUCGAACUUAAGCAGCUCAAGCAAUAUAUUUGGUUUCUACUCUAUCUUUGUACCUCUGUUGCACUGUUAUUCAGUGAGUUUUUAUUUUGCACAAGUCAAGCUUGCGAACUGCAAGCACGAUUAAUCUUUGGGCCAAAUCUUCAUGCGAAAGGCCGUGUAGAACCUCCGCGGCCUAUUUCUUGGCGUGCAGUUGCACACUAAACAAGCCCUUGAAGCAGGUUCCAGUCAACACCACUACGGCUUCACUUUCACCAGAACUCAAUACAUGAGACAUACAGAGUCAUACAUAAUCUGCCCUAUUUUCUUUGAAAGCCCUAGAAAUCCGAUUGUCGGCAGCCACAUUCAUUCCAAAGACACCGCGCGCAAACUGUCUCGGGUACUCGGGGAAAACCCUCCGGGCAAACUAGAAAAAGAAUGCCCACUACAAACGACGAUCUCUUCGACGACGUCCUCAAUCUUGAGGAGCAGUACUAUCAAGAGGGCUACACGGAGGGCCUUAGGGAUGGCGUCGAGGCGGGUAAGAUCGAGGGCCGCUCGGUCGGUCUCAAGUCGGGGUUUGAAAAGUUUCUCGAGGCCGGCAGGCUGCAGGGCAGAGCGCUGGUCUGGGCCAACCGACUACCCAGCCUCACUGGUGGUGCUCGCGGCGGCGACAACAGCAAUGCGUCACAUGCUGCUGCUUCAAGCAGCGAUGCCACAACCAGCCCAGAGACAACGCCGUCUCUGCCAUCAUUACCAAGCCCAAAUGCACGCCUGGAGAAGAACGUCGUCACUCUUUACGGCCUGCUAGAGCCGGGCACACUGUCGACUCAGAAUGACGACGCGGCUGUGAAUGACUUUGACAGCCGGCUCAAAGGUGCACAGGGCAAAGCCAAGAUUAUUGACCGGGCUAUUGGGGAGAAGAUACCCGUGGCGGAGCCGGCGCCCGGCAGUGCCAGUGCCAGUGCUUCCUCAUUGUCAGCAGCGAAAGAACCCAGCAUUGAGGAUGUUGGCAGGAUAAGGCCGUAGUUGUGGAAUCGGCCAUUGGCUGAAAACAGUCUCAAUCAGUGAAAAUACCUCUUGAUAGCAUAAGAUCAACACAGAUAUUAUUCCCUGCGCUCCGGCAUCAGAGCCCUCACCAUAGAUGGAUAUUCGCACU